AGCCUGGUUCCCCGGGCCGGACAGCGCCUGAGCAGCCGCUGCGGCGCACCGCAGAUCCUGCGCACAGGUGCGCGCUGCCAGCCAGGACCCUGCAGCUGAUUCGUGGAUCCGAAAGGACUUGGGCCAGCAGCAUGUGGUGGGUGCUGCAAGGCUGGAGACUUGCGCGCCAAGGCCUGGCCAGAGCCCUGGGUGUGGGCGCGCCAGGGUGGCUUCAGGGUCGCCGCGCCCUGGGCACCACAGAAGAGUUCAGUUACGUGGUAGUGGGCGCGGGCUCGGCGGGCUGUGUGCUGGCAGCGCGGCUCAGCGAGGACCCCGCCGAGAGCGUGCUGCUGCUGGAGGCCGGGCCCAAGGACGUGUGGGCCGGCAGCAAGCGGCUGUCCUGGAAGAUCCACAUGCCCGCGGCGCUGGUGGCCAACCUGUGCGACGACAAGUACAACUGGUGCUACCACACGGAGCCGCAGCCCGGCCUGGACGGCCGCGUGUUGUACUGGCCGCGCGGGCGCGUGUGGGGCGGCUCGUCGUCCCUCAAUGCCAUGGUGUACGUGCGCGGGCACGCCGCCGACUACGACCGCUGGCAGCACCAGGGCGCACAGGGCUGGGACUAUGCGCACUGCCUGCCCUAUUUCCGCAAGGCGCAGGCGCACGAGCUGGGCAGCGACAGGUACCGCGGCGGCGAGGGCCCGCUGCACGUGUCGCGGGGCAAGACCAACCACCCACUGCACCAGGCCUUCCUGCAGGCAGCGCAGCAGGCCGGCUACCCCUUCACCGAGGACAUGAAUGGCUUCCAGCAGGAAGGCUUUGGCUGGAUGGACAUGACCAUCCACGAAGGCAAGCGCUGGAGCGCAGCCUGCGCCUACCUGCACCCGACCCUCAGCCGCCCCAACCUGCAGGCCGAGGCCCGAACGCUGGUGAGGCGGGUGCUGUUUGAAGGGACCCGUGCCGUGGGCGUGGAAUAUGUCUCGAAGGGCCAGAGCCGUGUGGCUCGUGCCAGCAAGGAGGUGAUUCUGAGUGGAGGCGCCAUCAACUCCCCACAGCUACUGCUGCUGUCUGGCGUGGGGCCCGCCGAUGACCUCCAGAAGCUGGGCAUCCCCGUGGUGUGCCACCUGCCCGGGGUGGGCCAGAACCUGCAGGACCACCUGGAGAUCUACAUCCAGCAAGCAUGCACCCGCCCCAUCACGCUGCACUCCGCACAGAAGCCCCUGCGCAAGGCCUGCAUCGGCCUGCAGUGGCUCUGGAAGUUUUCAGGGGAUGGAGCCACAGCCCACCUGGAAACAGGCGGCUUCAUUCGCAGCCAGCCUGGCAUCCCCCACCCAGACAUCCAGUUCCAUUUCCUGCCAUCUCAGGUGAUUGACCACGGGCGGGUCCCUACGCAGCAGGAGGCUUACCAGGUCCAUGUGGGAACCAUGCGGGCCACGAGUGUGGGCUGGCUCAAGCUGAGGAGCACCAACCCUGAGGACCACCCUGUGAUCCAGCCCAACUACCUAUCCACAGAGACUGACAUCAAGGAUUUCCGCCUGUGUGUGAAGCUAACCAGAGAGAUCUUUGCCCAGGAAGCCCUUGCUCCUUUUCGGGGAGAGGAGCUACAGCCUGGAAGCCACAUUCAGUCGGAUCAAGAGAUCGAUGCUUUUGUGCGGACCAAAGCCGACAGCGCCUACCACCCGUCAUGCACCUGUAAGAUGGGCCAGCCCUCCGACCCCACUGCCGUGGUGGAUCCACAGACCAGGGUCCUGGGAGUGGAGAACCUCCGUGUCGUUGACGCCUCCAUCAUGCCCAGUGUGGUCAGCGGCAAUCUCAACGCCCCAACCAUCAUGAUCGCCGAAAAGGCAGCUGACAUCAUCCGGGGGCGGCCCGCACUUUGUGACAAGGAUGUCCCGGUGUACGCCCCCAAGACCCUGGCUGCCCAGCGCUGA